AUGGAAACUUUGGAUGCUAAUUCAUCAUCAUCAUCGUCAUCUUUUGGAGGGGUCAAUAGUGAUGAUAACAAUGGUAGUGUAACUUGGUAUGGGAUGAGGUUACCUUCUGUUAACCCCUUUAUGUCACCACUUUCAUUUCUAUUGGAUUAUUCUGGAAUUCUUCGUUCUACUAGUGAUUCUGAGGCUGUUAUUGUUAACAAUGGAGUUUCUGGUUCUGGUUCGGAAUUAAGGUCUCGUGUUGAUACUGAUACUGCAGCUUCUGUUGCUGGGAGCAGUGCUGGGGAGGUUGCAAUAAGGAUUAUUGGAGCUGGAGAGAGUAUUCAAAAUCAAGUUGGGGAGUUGGGUUAUGAUGAUUGUGGGGAGGAUUUGAUUGGUGAGAGAAGUGGAAUGUCUGCAUUGGAUGAUAAUGAUGGUGGUGCUGGGAGUCGUGGGGGAAUUGAGGCUAGUGAGGGGGUUCCUCUUGUGUCGUCUUCGUCUUCAUCAUCGUCGUUGGCUGGAAGUGGACGGGUUGAUGGUGAUGCUUCUGUGAAUGGAUCGGAAAAUAAUAGCAGGGAUUCGUCUUCUUACCAGAGAUAUGAUAUUCAGCUUGUUGCCAAGUGGAUUGAGCAGAUUCUUCCUUUCUCCCUCUUAUUAUUGGUUGUUUUCAUCCGACAGCAUUUGCAAGGUUUCUUCGUCACGAUUUGGAUAGCAGCUGUGAUGUUCAAGUCAAAUGAAAUUGUUAAGAAGCAGACAGCUCUGAAGGGAGACAGGAAAGUUUCUUUGCUUGCUGGUAUCUCGGUUGCUUUCAUUCUUCACGUGAUAGGCAUUUACUGGUGGUAUCGAAAUGAUGAUAUUUUAUAUCCACUGGUCAUGUUACCUCCAAACCCGACACCUUUCUGGCAUGCAAUAUUCACCAUCUUGGUCAAUGAUAUAUUGAUGCGGCAAGUUGCAAUGGCUUUUAAGUGUAUUCUACUUAUAUAUUACAAAAAGGGGAAAGGUCAUAACUUCCGUCGGCAGGCUCAACUGUUGACUCUUGUUGAGUACACGCUACUGUUGUAUCGUGCCUUGUUGCCUACUCCAGUCUGGUACCGGUUUUUCUUGAAUAGGGAAUAUGGAAGUCUCUUUUCAUCCCUGACCACAGGGUUGUAUUUAACUUUCAAGCUAACAUCUGUUGUUGAGAAGGUCCAAAGCUUCAUUUCCGCCUUGAAAGCGUUAUCAAGAAAGGAAAUUCAUUAUGGGGUUUAUGCCACAGCAGAACAGGUUACUGCUGCUGGUGAUCUAUGUGCUAUAUGCCAGGAGAAGAUGCAUUCACCUAUCUUAUUGCGCUGCAAACACAUUUUCUGCGAAGAUUGUGUAUCUGAGUGGUUUGAGAGAGAAAGGACUUGCCCUCUUUGCAGAGCAUUGGUUAAAGCAGCUGAUCUUCGAACCUUCGGAGAUGGAUCGACAAGUUUGUUUUUCCAGUUGUUUUAA